AAGCUCCUUCCAUUUCCCUUCAUCUUGCAAGAAAUAAAAUAGAAGAAAUCCCAACAAAAUUAUGGAAGCUUGUUUUGUAACCUCCAAACCCAAUUCUUUCCCAAUUCAUACAAGAAAAUCCCCAACUUCAUCAUCUCUCAAAAUAUCAUGUUGUCAAUUUAAGUCACCAUCUUCAGGACAAGAGGAUGAUGAUUGGAGAUCAUUUAGAGCAAAAUUGAUUGCCACUCAGAAACUAUCAAUGCCUCAGAUUUCAUCUACCUUUGUGGAUCUUGACACGGUGGUGGAUCACCCACGGUCCAUCUGUAUAGGUGAGAAAUGGGCCCAUGUCAUUCAUGGGCCUGAAAAGGGAUGUCUUCUAAUAGCCACAGAGAAGCUAGAUGGAGUGCACAUAUUCGAACGAACAGUUAUCCUUUUGUUAUCAAAUGAGCCAUUAGGCCCCUCAGGGAUUAUACUAAACAGGCCUUCAUUGAUGUCGAUUAAGGAAACAAGGUCGACGGCGUUGGACGUGGCCGGGACAUUCUCGGAGCAGGCAUUGUACUUUGGUGGGCCUUUAGAAGAGGGGCUGUUUCUAGUGAGCCCAAAGAGGAAUGGGGAAGAUGGGGUUGGAAAGAGUGGGGUUUUUGAGGAAGUAAUGAAAGGGAUGUAUUAUGGGACUAAAGAGAGUGUUGGAUGUGCAGCUGAAAUGGUGAAGAGGAAUAUUGUUGGGCCUGAAGAUUUUAGAUUCUUUGAUGGCUAUUGUGGGUGGGAUAAGGACCAAUUGAAGGAUGAAAUUAAAGCUGGUUUUUGGACUGUGGCAGCUUGUAGUCCAAAUUUAAUUCAAAUGGAUGUGGGAAAUGUUAGCCUUUGGGAGGACCUACUUGGCCUUUUGGGCCUUAAAAAGGUUUGGUAAAGUUAUGAUACCAAUCUCAUGGAGCUACAAACUCAACAAGUUUUGAGUAAUUGCAGUUUCACCCCUUUUUCCUUUCUUUUGGGAUAAUUUCUAACAUUUUCCACAGAGGGACUCAUGUGUAAAUUUGAAAAAGCUAUUUGUCAUUUUAAUCAAGUGCAAUUUAUGAAGUCUUAACAUCUAUCCAAUUUCAUGUAAUUUAGUUGCAUUAGUCAUUCUUAUUGAAAAUACAACAUCACUUUCCUCAAAAUAAUAAUAAUAAUAAUAAUAAAGUAGUAGUCCAAUCACAUAUGGUAAUGUGAUUUGGUAUUUUGUGGA